GACGCAGUUUUGAACUGGAAGCCGCCGCCAAAGAAUUGCGAGGGGAAAGGCAUCCACCGAGCGCCCUUCAACAUCUGUGAAGCGCCUUCCAGGAGGAGAAGCAGGCCUCGCUCGAGAUGGCUGGCGGCAAAGCUGGGAAAGACUCCGGCAAGACUAAGACCAAAACAGUGUCCCGUUCGCAAAGGGCUGGCUUACAGUUUCCGGUGGGUCGUAUUCACCGGCAUCUAAAAUCAAGGACUACGAGUCACGGACGUGUGGGAGCUACAGCUGCUGUGUAUAGUGCUGCUAUCUUGGAGUACCUCACAGCUGAGGUUCUUGAAUUAGCAGGAAAUGCAUCCAAAGACUUGAAGGUGAAACGAAUCACUCCCCGUCACUUACAGCUUGCAAUAAGAGGUGAUGAAGAACUGGAUUCCCUAAUCAAAGCAACAAUUGCUGGUGGAGGUGUAAUUCCACAUAUCCAUAAGUCUCUCAUUGGAAAAAAAGGACAGCAGAAAACAGUGUAAAGGAGAAACAUGGGAUUCCUUAUUAACUUGGGACUCUUAAAUGCUCAGUUGUCCAGUGUUGGUGGAUUUCCAGUGGACUGCAUCUGUGAAACACUUUUUGCCUUUCUGUAACCUUGAAGCAGGAUGCCAUCAAGCUUUCUAACAAACCAAAAUUCUAUAUUUGAAGUCUUAACCUUAUUUAAGUGUUACAUGGCUUCAGAGAAGCUGUUGUGGUUCUUGACUGUUUUAGAUAUGUUGGAUUUUAAUGAAAUUCUUGACAUUGUUGCUCAUUUUUUAUGCUUGAAGUUGCUUUACUCAGUUAAAAUUUAACUACAAAGGAUUGGCACAAGCAUUUUAUGAAAUAAUUAAAACAACUUGAGGUAUUAAAACGCUGUUGCUGUCAAUCUCUUGUAGUUAAAUAAGAAUAACCAUUCUGACAAGCAGAAACAACAGACUUUAUUCCAUUCUGGUCAGUGAGUUCAAUAAAUGUUACAUUAUUACAUUUUUA